AUGGAUGAAUCCAGAACGGAUACUUCCAAUAAUAACCUGCUUGCUGAACUUGUUAAGGCACUUAAGUCGUCUCGUACAGCGCCUGAACAAGUCGAUUUGCCGAUUUUUCGCCCCGAUUUAUCAGACGCUAAAAAAUGGCUAACAGUGAUUGAAAACAUUAAAAAUGAAUUCGAAUGGUCAGACCAACAAAUCAUCUUAAGAUUUAUGAGAGACUUUUCAGAGGCCUUUCCAUCUAAGAAAAUUUUGGGUGAAUUAUUUCUUAGAGUAACGCAAUUUGAUAGUGAUCGCUGUAAUACUUAUGAAGCGUACGUUUUUGAGAAAGUUAAUUUACUUAGGAACUUACAUGUGCAGUGGGACGAAGCCGAUUUCGUAGAAAUUACGGUACAUGGAAUUACGGAAAGUGAUGUACGCACAAUUUCAUAUUUAGGAUCAGUGCCCAAACGACAGCCGGAGGAAUUGAAAUCUGAAAGAAAGGCUUCUGAAGUAAAGGAACCUCCUCGUAAACAUUUUCGCGAUAAUCGCGAUUAUGACCUAAGACGAAAAAGACCACUUACAUGUUAUAACUGUGGUAAAGACGGUAAUAUUCAGAAGUUCUGCAUUGAAAGGAAAGAUACGGAUAAACCUAAAAUUUUGGCACCUACCAGUUAUUCCAAGUCAAGCAACACUACUGCCAACUUAGGGCCCUAUGAAAUUAUGGGUAUAACGUCGGAGGGUCGUUAUGAAAUUAAAAGAGUCGGCAAAUCUCUUGUUACAAAGGAUGCUAAAGAACAAUUGAGGAUUUGGCCCAGUGACUGGUCCAUGACGAUGGAUAUGGAAGAACUUCUGGAAGAUUUAGAAAAUGACAGUGCUAUGUCAGACGAUAACAUAAACAACUCUAUAAAUAUUGUUGAAGAAGAAUUUGUGAGUUUAUCAAAUAUGGUCCAUGUAGAAGAUGAUACAGAUGAGAAUUUGGAAGAACCGGAAAAAAACCCGAAUGACGAGGGGUCUUCGACAAGGUUACCAUGCGUGUUUUGUAAUAAAUCCUAUUUCAAAAAAGUUAAACGGCGAAGUGAAGAUGCAAAAAAAAACAACGAAAUUUCUGAAUCCGCCGGGAAGGAACCUCAACCAGGCUGUAGUUAUCAAAAUACGGAUAUCGCGUCUUGUUCUCCUAAUUUUCACAAUGAUGAGGAUGAGGAUCAAUUAAUGGAAACGGAUAAUGUUGAUGUUGAUGUUGAGUCGGAAGCAGAGCGAGCUAUCGAUAUUAUGCCGACUUCAGCAGCCAAAAAACAAGGGCCUUCAGGAUCGAAAAAAAAAAGACAAAAAAAAAUUUGUCGCAUCCUGGUUUCAAAUGCCUAUUUUUCAGGGAUGGUUAGAAAAAUCCUCGAAAGCCCCAAAUCAAGACAAAAAUGA